AAUAAAUGUGUGAAUCAUUGUUUCAAUAAGUAAUUUAACUGACACUAUUAUUUUCUCUUUCCUUAGGAACGAUUCUUCAGGGCAUGAUUUCCUUAGCAGCUCUGAUGCCUACACAACUGGAGGGGUAAAGGAGUCUAUGGGCCAUGACUGCACUGCUGCCUAACGUGAGUCUUCCUGGGAGCGCAGCAGUUCUGCUUCAGGCUACAGACGGUCCUUUUAAUCUGACUACAAAUGGCAAGACAGGACUGGAAUCAAGCCAUUCGCUGGCCCCUUUCUGUACCCUUUGUUGCUGUGGAUUUCUCAAUCGCACCUUGGCAGUGGUAUUCAUGGUCAGCCUGGCAUUUGCCAUUGUGGUUGGAAAUGUGGUCACCGUUACUGUCUUUGUGCAAACCAGGCAGUCCCGUACACCACAGGGAUACCUUAAAGUGUCUCUGGCCAUAGCAGACAUGAUGGUCGGCGUCCUUGUGGUUCCUUUCUCUGUCUACACUGAGAUCUCUCUGAUGGUGACUAGCACUCCUCCCAUUUGGUACCAGGGUAGCUUAACUUCCCCAGCCACCUCCUCCUCUCUUGGGGGACUUGUAAGCCCUUGGCAGCCCUGCAUGCUGAUUGGCCCAGUGUUCGCUGGAUGCACCUUUGUCUCCAUUAGCACAAUCUUCCUCAUGACACUGGAGCGAAGUGUUGCCAUCCUAUGGCCACUUCAUAAGGACGCCUUGGUGACCCGCAGGCGAACUCUGCUACUCAUACUGCUGUCCUGGGCUGCAAGCUUCUUGCUAGCUUUAGCUCCCCUUAUCUUCAGCAGUAAUUUCACUUUGGAGUACAAUGAGUGCAGUCGCAUGUGCAACUACACCCCAUUAAUGUUUGGAAGUCAGCUACCAUCUGAUGCCAAUAUUUUGCUUUUGUUCCCAGUGUUUGACUUCACACUGCUCGGUGGCACAUUAGCCAUCAAUAUUAUAUCUUUCACCAGCAUCCGGCAGUAUUCCCGAAAACGCAAACUGCUCUCGGAGGGAAGUCUGAGUGACGGAGGGGGAGGAGUGGGAAUGGGAGGGGGAGGAUGCCCUCACAGGCCUUCCUUUUCAGACAUCAAAGCUGCCAAGACAAUUGGCAUACUUACAUUCGCCUUCACAGCAUCUUUCACUCCCAUCGCAGUAUUUGUACUUGGGAACGUGGUGGGAUACACUUGGUGUAACUUUUCUUUUUUUGCCUUCUGGAUCCUGACAGGAAACAGUUGCUGUAAUGUAAUUAUCUACAGUGUCAGGGACCACCGCUUCAGGAAGGGUGUGACCCUGCUCUUUCAGCGAGACCAGUUGCCCCCACACGGCGAGAAGAACUGAGGGAUGCAUGAAUUAAAA